AUGGAAAUUUGGUUUAAACUUAAUCCUGAAUUAAUACAAUCACAAUUAAAGCUUUGUCGAUAUCAUUUAAAUGUCUUGCCAUAUAAAAAGGCUUCAAAAAUGAUUUUAAAAAAUGAAAAUUAUAGGGAAAAUCAAAAUGACUCUUUUUUGAACAGUGUUUUAAAAUUUUUUAACUUAAAGUAUAAUUUAUUUGAUAUAUUUUUUGAUUUAUUUUUACAUUAA